GCGUCAAGUUUGGCAGACGGGCAAGCUCUAGUUUGUAAAGGGGCUAUAGCUGAAUGUGCAGCGAAGACUCCCAAGUCUUAACUGCGCUCUUUUAUUAAAUCCGUCACUCACAGACCCUCAGGAUGGAUAUGAAGAAGAGGAUUCAUCUGGAAUUGCGUAACCGAACGCCGUCGGACGUGAAAGAACUUGUGCUCGACAACUGUCGGUCAAAUGAAGGCAAAAUCGAAGGCCUUACAGACGAGUUUGAGGAGCUGGAGUUUCUAAGCACAAUCAACGUCGGCUUAACUUCAGUCGCCAACUUGCCCAAGCUUAACAAACUCAAAAAGCUCGAGCUUAGCGAUAACAGAAUCUCGGGUGGUUUGGAGGUACUGGCAGAGAAAUGUCCCAAUCUCACCCAUCUCAACCUCAGCGGCAACAAGAUCAAAGAUCUCAGCACCAUCGAACCCCUGAAAAAAUUGGAAAGCCUCAAAAGUUUAGACCUGUUCAACUGUGAGGUGACAAACUUAAACGACUACAGAGAAAACGUCUUUAAGCUGCUGCCUCAGUUGACAUAUCUCGAUGGCUAUGACAAAGAGGAUAAAGAGGCUCCUGACUCUGACGCAGAGGCCUACGUUGAGGGAUUGGAUGACGAUGAAGACGAAGAUGAUGUAGAUGAGGAGGAGUAUGAUGAGGAUGCAGCGCCAGGUGAUGAAGAUGAAGAAGAAGGAGAUGAGGAAGAUGAGGAGGAAGGGGAAGAAGAGGAGGAGGAAGAUGUCAGUGGAGAGGAGGAGGAGGAAGAAGACUUAAAUGAUGGGGAAGUUGAUGACGAGGACGACUCCGAGGAGGAUAGGGGACGGAAGAGGAAAAGGGAGGUGGAUGAAGAAGGAGAGGAGGAUGAUGACUGAACAUGCACUCUCGGGUUCCCUUUGUGAUCUGACUGUUUUAACCCUCUGUUUCUAUGUCCUAAUGUAAUUUUGCGGUGGUUUGGGGAGGUAUGCAAAUGGUGUAAGGGGUGGGUUAGUAGAUAUACGAGGACACAGUUUAAAUAUUAGUUUUUUUUGUUUUGUUUUGUUUUGUUUUAUUUUUUGAUUGUUUUUUUGUUUUUUGUUUUUUUUUUUUAACUUUGUUUGACCCCAUUCUUUUUCUCUUAAACCUCUACAGACGGCUGGCAACACAGUAGUAGAAAUUUCCUAUUGUCCGAAACAAAACUCAGUUUGCUCUUUGUAAUUUUUAUUUUCUCUUUACUGUUGAUGCCUAUACAGAUUGCUUAUACAGAUUGCUGGGUAUGACUUAUGUAUUUAAAUGACAAAAAAAUACCAAAAACCUUUUAAAAACAGCAUGUCUGGCUCUAUUUUAAAUUUGACUACUGGAUUUCAAGAGGGUUUUCUUACCCACCUUUUUUUAAAAUCACACCUUUUUGUUUGUGUACAUUGCGUCUCUUUCGUGUUCUCGUCAUCAUGUGACGUGCUGUUCAGGCACAGAGGAGGCAUCGGAACCUGCACAGUACAACCUCUCAAUGUGAUUAUUUUAUUUUAUUAUUAUUAUUUUUUUAAUGUUUAGAACUGAAUGUCUGCCCUUGUCAAAUGACUCCUAGAAACCCUUUCUCCUUCUUGCGUGGCUAGUUCAGAGGUCUCGUGUUCUUUGUAAAUAAUGACCAAAUAUAUUUUUUUCUAUUCCCUUUGAUAACGGCAGACAUUUUUCACCAUUAAUCUCAGUUGUAACAGUUAACUGUAAUAAAACGAAUGAAAACA